AAGAAGAAGCGUAUCUUGUUGGAAAACUACCUUCAACUGUCUAUUCAAGCGCCCACGGCUCAGCCAGCGUUGAGUGUAGCUAGCGGGUACGCAACAACCGAGCACAUCUUUACUUCGGUUUGGCAUGGCGGAGGGUAGCGGUAACGUUAACGUCGGUGCGGCCAACCUUCCUCCGGGAGACCCACAGCUGAUCGGUAUGAUUGUGGAGCAUCUGAAGAACCGGGGGCUUUUUGAUGAGUUCCGUCGGGACUGUCUCGCCGACGUUGAUACAAAGCCCGCCUAUCAGAACCUGCGACAGAAAGUUGACAACUAUGUCACGUCGCACCUGAGCACGCAGGAUUGGAACCCGUCUAUCAACAAGAACCAGAUGAGGAACGGACUGAGGCAAAGUGUUGUUCAAUCAGGUAUGCUGGAGUCGGGUGUGGACAGGAUCAUCACUCAGGUUGUGGACCCCAAGAUGAACCACACUUUCCGGCCACACAUAGAAACUGCCAUCCAUGAGUUCCUGUCAGGGGACAGGAGGGAGGAGAACUCUUUGUGUCCUAAUUCUGCACCGCCUGAACAGACAGAACUACAGGAAGCUCCGUCUGCUUCUGGCCCCCAAACCCCCUGAGGUCUGUUUAAAAACUGACUUACAAUGUACACAUGCUGGUCUACACAUAAUGUUGAGGAGGAGGAGGAGGAGGAUGUUUCCUCUGUUUAAGAGACUGGAGUCAGGAGCCUGGCGUGUUUCUGCAUUCAAAAUGUUCAGCAUGAGAUGUAGUUGCAUUGCCUGUCUGUGCUGCACAAGGCCACUGCUGGAGAAGUUGGACAAUGCUGAGUGGUGCACACUUACUGCACGGCUCUGCCUAUAAAAAGCAUGGCACAAACCUGGAUUAUUGAUUUUAUUUGUUGUUUACUUUUUAUGUGCAAUGUCACACGGAUGUUUACUUACUAAGUUGUAUAUUGUGUAAUGCAGAUUUCUCACUCAGGCUUUUUGUAUUUUCCAUAGAUAAUGUGUUGCCUAACAAUAUGUCAAACUAAAGAAACUACACAGAUUCAGAAAAAGUGAAGUCAAUGUUCUGGUUCCAGGAGGAUUAGAGGAAGAAGAGGCUUCAUUUUAUUCUUACUCAAAUUUGUUGAAAGACAUUUAUGUAAAUGUAUUUUGAUCAGUAGCUAGAGGUCUUCAUUUUUCAUCAGCUGUGUCAGGUUUCCUUUUGGUGCCUGUAUUUAGUGUGUAGCAUUGGUUGUGUAGCCUAUGUGCUUUACUGAACACAGUUGACAUCAUGUUUCUCUGUGUCUUCUUUUUCUUAUUUUACCAAUUUAUAGUUCCUGUGCUUUUAUUAGAAAAGAUACUCGAAUGUAUGUGAAGCUAUUGGGUAAGUUUGUGAAAAAUAUUUAAGCUACACAAUCAUUUAUUUCAAGUUUUUCUUUGUUUACUGCCAUGCAACGGAGACCAGAGCCCAUAAUCAUAAAACGGUACCACUAGGCGGGGUAAUUUAAAAAGUAUUUCUAGAUUUAUAUUUUAGUGGGAAACCCCCUGAUUCCACCAGAAACAUACAGGUCCUAUAAUGAGUUGCAUUGAGUCAUUAAUGGUACUGGGUACCUUUUGUAUAAACCAUAAAGGGACUGUUGUGGAAGGAGGACAAACACUCCACAUAUACAUAUAUAUAUAUUUUUUUUUUAGAUCAAUUUGUUAUUGUUGCAGACAUACAGAACAGAGAAACACAAACUGAACAAUAACAAAAACCCUCUCCCACCUCCCACCCUCUGCAGUCUCCAGAAAAUAAAACAAAAACAGAACAGAUUUGUGCUGCUGCACUUUUCUAUAGGUUGACAGUUGCUAAUUUAGCUUUGUUAGUCCUUGCUGUAGAGAGCUCAAUCAUAACUAUGUCUAGAAAAUAUGCCAGGCACUGUUUUAUACAAAGCAAGUGAGGGUGGGAGCCAGCGCUAAGCUAGUAUUUUAUUGGUUGCAGUCGAGCCUGUUAACAAAAUUGUCCUCUGUCUCCCAAGCAGGUGUAAUUUAGAGUUGUCAUUAAGUAACAAAACAAUUGUGUCAGUAGGGAUUCAACAUCCUAUCACUUCAGAUAUUAUUGAUGUUUUAUUCCAGAACUCAUGCACGUGUUCACACUCCCAAACCACAUGCAGGACAGUUCCAGUUUGUUCAGGUUGACAGAAUGUGCAAUAGGGAGUGGGAAUGACUGCCCUGUGACAUAUGUGGAAAUGGAUAUACUGGUGAUUUGGUUUUGUGGAACAGUGGAAAACAUUAUCCCAAACUGUCUCCAAAUGAAUUACGUUCCCCUCAGGGCUCGGCUCUUGCUCCUAUUUCUUUACUAUUGGGAGUUCUCCUAUGGAUACUUGCAUCAGUUUAGCAUAGAUCUUUGACACUAAUCCUCUCACAGGAAAAUCAACAAACCAUUUAAUGUUUGGGUGUGCCUCAAGACUGUUUCCCCAUGGCGUAUAACAUUUUAGGGCGGACCUUAAGUGAAUAUCAGAGAAGGAUGUCCUGGGGACCUCAAAACUAGCUCUCAGCUCCUUAAAACUUAAGAUACUUUUCUCAUUAAAUUACAUGGUCUUAAGUAUAAAUACCUCUGUCACUCCACUGGUUACAAGCAAAGAGUUUGUUACCAGACAUAAGGUGUGCAUUUUGCCAUUUUGGAGUAUUUAGAUUCCACUUAUUGGUGUAGCGUAGGUGCUUCUCCACCUGGUUAAAGUUGGUCAAUGUGUUGGUAAUAAUAGUGCCACAGCAUACACGCCUGCAAAGGCAAGAUCUGGCAGUCUUAGGCUUCCAGUGAGGUUUUGUUCUAUUUCUCUCCAUAGAACUGUAGAUGAGGGGUCCAUCCACGCUCUUAGGGCCCUGGCUAAAAGGCUCUGUGGUACAAUUUAAGUUUGGGGAGGGCCAGGCCUCCCGUGUUUGUGGUACGUUGCAGGGUAAAGUAUUUUACCCUAGGUUGUCUAUUAUUCCAAAUAUACACUUUUAGAAAUAUAUUGGUGGGGUAAGGGUAUCACUGUACUUAAGAAAUUCACACAAGGAACCAUGUUUAUUUUAACAGCAGCAAUUCUGGACCGUAGCGAUGCCGGCAGCGCAGACCGAUUGGCCAGAUCCCUUUGAACACUAUUUAAUAUAGUUUUAUAGUUGUCCUGGAGAACUCGCUGUAGCGAUGCUAUGGUGAUGCCCAAAUAUGUAAUUUUGCUUUGGACUGGUAUUGUACCACUAAUAGCUGA